AAAGAACAAGGAUCUUUUUUUUUUUUUUUUUUUUUCUUUCUUCAUUCAAAUACCUCCUUUUCUUUCCCUUCCCAACCCUUUUCAUUCUUUCUUUCCCCCUUGUCACAUUUCACAAGGCCUUUCCUCAUUGGUGGCAAAAUGGCAAACGCAGCAUCAGGAAUGGCUGUGCACGAUGAUUGUAAGCUGAAGUUCUUGCAGCUUAAAGCAAAGAGGAGCUAUCGUUUUAUUGUGUUCAAGAUUGAGCAACAACAGGUGGUGGUGGAGAAGCUCGGGGAGCCUACCGAAAGCUAUGACGAUUUCACUGCCAGUUUGCCUGCCAAUGAGUGUCGUUAUGCCGUCUAUGAUUUUGAUUUCAUAACUGCAGAAAAUUGCCAAAGGAGCAAAAUUUUCUUCACUGCAUGGUCACCGGAUUCAUCAAAGGUGAGGCAUAAAAUGGUUUAUGCUAGUUCCAAGGAUAGAUUCAAGAGAGAACUGGACGGCAUUUCAUUUGAGUUGCAAGCCACUGAUCCCAGUGAGCUGAGCUUGGACAUUGUAAAAGGGCGAGCCACAUCUACUUAAUAAGCACCCUUUUGCUUUGCUUUCCUAAACUGUUUCCAUCUUUGGGGGGCUUUUUUUUAUUGCCAUUUGUAAGUUGGUUCCAAGUUCUAAACCCUUGGGAUGUAAAUUCAUUAUACCUUCUUCUGUAACCUCAACCCUGUAGAGCUCCAGAAUUGAUGUGGCUGGAAAAAAACAGAGAGCUAUAAAUGGCUUUUGCAAUUCUCAAGUAGAAAUGGGUGAGUUAGACUGAGGCUGCUUCUGCCGCAUUUAGCUAAUUUGUUGGUAAGACUAUGAGUUGUGGAAUAAGUCCUAAUCCUGUGCUCAUUGUGGAUCUUCAUCACUUGGGAAUUGAGGGGGGUCAACUUUGUCUAAGGGUUUGUUUUUAAGGACGAGAUAUUGUUCUUUUCUUAGUGUAUUUGGAAGUGUAAUGGUAUUGUCAUUUUGGAAAUGGAAAA